AUAUUCAAAACAAAAGAAAACAAGAGAAACACAUCAUCGCUCCCUCUGAUCCGUUUUGCAUUUGCAUUUGCAUCGUUGGUUGGAGAAAUGGUGUACUCGAAGGCACCCACCGCCUACUACUCGACUCUGCACGACUCCAUCACUUCCCUCUGCAAGACCAUUCUUCCGCUGGGCCUCAAGAAGCGCGGUUUGGUCUCCGCCGACCACAGGCUCUGGCAGCUUCACUCCGACAACCUCAAAUGGCAGCAAGAUUCCCUCCGCCAGAUGCUCAACUUGGUGGCGCUUCACAAUGAUGACAUCCUUUCUGAAGCUGACCUUUCCGCUUUCAGGACCCACCUGCUUCACACCCUUCUUGCUUCCCCUCCUCCACAACUUCAUCAUCCCCUUCUCAUCAAAGAUAAGCUUAUCUUCCUACAGGAACUUCUUCAUGCCAAAUGCAUUUCUGAAGGGGAGUACCACUCUUCAAGAAGGCCUUUACUUGUGAGAAUGACACUUGAAGGAGGUGAGAUUGAAGGGAGGGAUGUGAUGAUUGCAGGGUCAAAAGGCACGAAGCAAACUUCAGAGGAAGAAUGGUCUGAGAUUGACUUGAAGGAUGAGCAGUGCUUGAUGAACAAAGAGAACUCAAAUUCUAAGAAGACAUCAUCAAAGCAUGCAAGGAAUCAGGUUGUUAAGGCAGCAACCUCAGUUUUCAACUUUGGAUCUUCAAACAAACAUGGGAAAAACUCGAUGGAGAAGAGCAUAUUUGAUUCACCCACUUUACACAUGCACUCACCACAAUCAAGAAUCCCUUCUCCCUCUGUCUGUACCCAAAGUGAAUUGAGGCAUUCCAAGGAAAACAACCCCUUCUGGGAUGGGCCAGAGAAGAUGAAGAGGAAACCAUUUAGAACUCUAUUUCAUAGGGAUAAGAGUAAGAGAGAAGGGCAUGGUGGUGGUGGAGAUCAUGGUGUUGAAGCAGAGAAAUCAGCAAAAAAACAAUGGGGGUUUGAUGGGUUGAGGAAAUUGAAGAAAAGUGACCCAGAAGAUGACACAGUUCCUUUGUCUCUAAAUGAGAGCUCUGAUAGUGAGGCCUACUUAGCUUCCUAUCAGCUUUCUUCAUAUGGUGAGGUGUCAAUGAAGAACAAGAUGCAUUCUAAUGUAUCACCAUCUGAUUUUUCUGUGGUGGAUGAUAAGGUUUUGGUGGACAAGAUAAAGAAGGAGCUGCCAAGAAUUCCGACAGAAAUGAGGAGCACAAACACAAAUUUCAACUUCUUGAAUGAUCAGAAGCAAACAAUUUCUACCAAACUUCCAGAGGAGAAGGCUGAGUUAAAAAAUUACAAUCCCAAACCAUGGUGUGAUCGAUAUGGCGGUGUUGUGUUGGAUGUGGUGAAAAAAGAUCAUGUUGGAGAGAUGAAAAAUAUGCGCAACGAUGGAGAAGAGAAACAUGAGAACACAAUGGGGUGGACAACAUUUGAAGACGAUGAAAACCUUCACCCAAAUCUUUCUGUUCAAGAUAAAUCAUUGCGCAAUAGUAGCAUCAAUCCAUUUUCUCAAGGUUAAGUGAAAUUUAGUUAAGCAGAGGAAUUUACAGAAAAUGAAUCCUCCCUACCUUAGUCUCUUGUGGAAAGUAGCGUCUAAUAUGGUAUUUGAGAGCAGUAAAAGUUGUUACAAUUUGAAUUAUCUAUACAAUAUCUGUAUUUAUAUAGCAAAUAUAAAUUGUUUGAUACUUGUAAAUAAUGUUCGAAUUAUCUGAA